AGGUGAGUCAAGCUGGUUCUGGCCCGCCCACCUGUCCAGGUUCAGCAGUCUCAGCCGGAAGCCACCUCCUCGAACUGUGCACAGUGUCUGAAGGGCUUGUGCCCCGGGGCUGCCUGGAGCCUGGGGUGUCCCUGGAGCCAGGACUUUUUCUGGCAGAGGCCAAGGCUCACCAAUGCCAUCAGGUCUAUCCAUGACUGAAGCAAACAAAACCUUUAUCUCAGGGGCCACCAAUGCAUCAACCACGGCUCCUGGACUGGGCACCGGGGGCCGGGCAUGGCCUGUGCUGGUAGGAGUUGUGCUGGGGGCGGUGGUCCUCUCCAUACUCAUCGCGCUCGCUGCCAAGUGCCACCUCUGCCGCCGCUACCAUGCCAGCUACCGGCAUCGCCCUCUGUCUGGAGCAGGGGAUGGGAACCGCCCACAGGUGGGUGAAGAUGAGGAUGAUGAUGGCUUCAUUGAGGACAAUUACAUUCAGCCUGGGGCUGGUGAGAUGGAGCCGACAGGAAGCCGGGAUCACUUCUCCCUUUGAGCCCUAUCUUUGGACACUUCCCUCCCUGCCUGGUAGUUUAAAGACAACGACACCUCAAGUCUCAGGGUCAGAACUCACUAAUACCUAAAGCUUGACCAGGAGCCUGUUUUCUGACACUGGUCUCCAAAGUGACAAUUCUGUUUCUCAUUAACUUUCCAUGGCUCCCCGCUGUCCCAGAAUACAGCCUGACAGUGUAGAUGUGGGAAAAGGCCCCUCUGAGCAGGCCUCUUGAUUUCCUUUCUUUGCCCCGCCUUCCUACUUUAUCCCUUCUUGGGCUGCCCUAACACCCCUCAUGUAGGCAGACUUGACCAACAAGUCCCAGGAUUUCACACAUGUCCCAACAGGAGAAGACAGUGCCAAACUUCUUACCAAAAUUUUUUUCUUAUCAGUAAAGUAUAUGACUUGGUUAUAAUAUAUCAUGUUUUACACAAUAAUUAAUAAAUCUAUUUUCAUUUUG